UGCUUGCUCGUGUGCUGCGUCAGUGAAGAGAAGUUAUAUUUAGAAAGAUGGUUUGGUGAAUAGAGGAGGGAUCAUCGCUGCCACGGAUUAUACAAGCGGAGGGUGUGUGUUGUGUUCGCACACUGUAGCCUCGCGUUCCUGUUGUUUCCAUCGUAUUUAUAGAUAUGAAAUAACAUAUCUGCUUUCCUCAUCACCGCUUUGGUCUACACAUGACUUUGGACGUGUAACAGUGUGUAUAUAUAACAGAUUGUUCACGGUGCAAGGGAGGGGAUUGUAAAGUUACAAAGUACAAUGGAAAUGAUAUCAUUCUCUUCCAAUAUCACCGAAAAUUCCAUUAUCACAAACCCAACGAAAAACUACAGCUAGGCGCCAAGUGUAAAGUAUGGCUUACAGAUGGGAAGGUUGUAAAUCCUCGCGUGGAUAUAUCCGAUUUGUGUUUUUAUAUUACAUACUAGGAUCGUAGAAUGUACAGAAGCUCUGUACGACCGGGCAACUGUACACCUGUACACGCGUUCCUCACUGCUAAACCCCCCAAACCACCGUGCUGGCUUGACCUAAAAGUACAGAACCAGCGGGCGUCUUCGGAUGAAGGAGGGUCAAAAAGUUCCCCUGUGUCACAGCAACAACAGAUCAACGUUCUUCCUAGGUCGUCAAAACCGGGGAAACGUAUGCGUGCUAAGAUACAUCGGACUCGUAGUCAGUACUGUAUAGAGUCCGAGGAUCUUCCGGACGACGUAGAGAUGACAAUGAAUCUCGCGGAAACAACGCCAAAGGAAAUCGGUCUCCGGAAACAGAUGUAUGAUGAUAGUGUAUAUAUGCAAGAGACGACGCGAAAGUGUCAGAACUGGCUCGAUAGUCUCGAAGAGUGUGGGCCACCGGAAACAGUGACAUCAUCAGGGCUUGACGCCCUAUCGGAAGGUUGUGACAGUCAGGUAGAUGUGGAGGUCCCUGACGACACGGUGUGGUACGAGGAUGACCCGGAUGUACGACCACCAUAUAACAGUAGUACUUCAAGUUCUGACGAUGAACGGACAAUUAUACAAACCAAACAUAUUCCAAGAUCUCUCCAAUCAACUCUUACUCCAGACAAGACGUCGAGUUUGAAAGGCUCGAGUAAAAAAUACCAUUAUCGAGGUGUUCUGGCCGGGGAUACAAUGCUGUGAUAAACAUUUACAGUAGUUAUGGUGCAAUGAGUUCA